CCCAUAUUUCACACCUUGGUUUAUGCCAAGUGUAAUAGGGUCGGGAGAUAUGAUCUCUGGGACACCCUGCGUGAGAUUACUGAGAGCAUAGAGGGAUUGCCAUGGAUGGUUAGUGGCGAUUUCAACAUCUUUCUGCAUCCCGAUGAGCGUGUGGGUAGCCUUUUGGAUCGUUCAAGGGAGAUGUGGGACUUUGCUCAGGCUGUGGCGGACUGUGAGUUGAUUGACGCUGGAUGUAAGGGUGAGCCCUUUACGUGGGUUAGGGACGAUCUCAAAGAGAGGCUCGACCGUGCUUUGGUUUCUGAGGCGUGGUCGAAGGUGUUUGCGGUCACGGCCGUCUCACACCUCACUCAAUUUGGGUCUGAUCAUUCACCCCUCCUCAUUAGGUGUCGAUUUUCGAGCACCCCUCGCCGUUCAUCUUUUAGGUUCCAGAACAUGUGGGUUCGCCACCACUCCUUCCACGACACUGUCAGGGACUCCUGGCUUCAGCCGACUGGGCUCUUUGGGAUGCGCAAUCUCGAGGCGAAGCUCGGCAGACUACGACGUAGGUUGAGACAGUGGAACUGGAAUGUUUUUGGAAACCUCCAUCAGCACCUUUCUGUGGCUCAGAGUGCGCAUGCGAAGGCUGAGCGGGCCUAUGAUCUGGACCCCACUCUGGAGAAUAGGACUGCGAUGCGCGGCUGCCAUGCCGAGUACAUGCUCCGACUCCUUAUGGAGGAGAAUUUCUGGAAGCAGAAGGCGGCCGUUCGCUGGGUGGCCGAGGACGAGCAGAAUACUAGGUUCUUCCAGGGUUUCAUUAGGCAGAAGCAUGCUAAGUCGCACAUCCACAGUAUUGAGGCUGAUGGGUCACCCCUGACCCAAGAGUCUCAGAUUCGGGAGUCGGCUACUGCCCACUUCCAGACCCUUUUCACCUCCGACAGAGGGGAUCUCGAUGCCCCGAUUGCUUCUUUCUUUCCCACCAUUCCUCCGUCGGUUGACCUGGUCGGCCUCUGUGAGCUCCCGAGCAGGGAGGAG